CUUCGUACUUCGGAGCGAGUUUGACACAGGACUUGGCGCAGAUAUAUCUCCAACGAUAACCCUCCAAAAUGAUCCUGCAAGCAGCAAUACUCCUCGUUGGAGUGUCUGUGAUUGUCAGUGGCAACGUCUGUUGUCCACCGGUGCGAUUCACUGCAUAUCAAGAUGUCACGAUUGUCAACUCAACGACUAAUUUUCGUGCUGAUUAUUUAUUCGUCUACGACGGUGUCAACCAAAGAUACCUCAUCAGCGGUGGCCUCGCCGGCGCAUACCUCGGAACAAACAAAGUAAUCUACGACUACAAGCAGAAAACUGGUUACCGUAUAGAUACAGUGGCACGUACGUGUACAACAUUCCGCCUUAAGGGACAGUUCAAGGAUCAGGAGAGUGUUUGUGUACCAAAUGGCGCCGUUCCCUUGGGCCCUCUCUUUCUCGGCUACGGUGAUACCAGGCUGAAUUCAAAGGCAUACACCUACAAUAGUACCAACGCCGAAGGGAAACAUCAGAAUGUUGUGGCCGUCGUCACAGUGAGAGAAUGCUUUCCUGUCAUCAGCACUAUAACCACAGCCGGCGAAGGAGGAAACACUCUUGAAGCUCUCGGGUACAACGACGUUCGUCCGGGCAUCAGGGACAUCACAGUGUUCAACAUUCCGUCAUAUUGCACUGUGUGAUACCAACAUUGCUGAAGACAUACAGUAGGAUCUGUCUUUCUCAAAUCACUGUCAGAAUAUAUCGCUUUGCAAGAUGUACAUGAAAUGAAUAAAAUAAAUUCUUUCAGAAAAAAA